AUGUUUUCUUUUUCAAGGCCACGCGGGUCGAUCAGAAGCCUCGAGACUAGAUCGUCCGGGGCGAGUAUUUUUAAGAUGACCUGCUCGACCUUAAGGGGCAAUAAAAUGGCGGCCAAGGCCCAAAUCGUCUCUCGCAAGAGAAAGCUCGAGGAGACUCACUUAGACGAUUACGAAGUUUCUGGGUUUUUCCCUCUGAACGACCUCAAUCAAGACCUCCUCGAGAGAGUCCUCUCACGGCUGCCGGCGUCCUCCUUCUUCCGCCUCACCUCCGUCUGCAAGAGAUGGAAAUCCGUCGCCCAUUCCCCAACUUUCAACCUCGCCUGCUCCGAAGUCCGCCGCCGCGAGCCCUGGUUCCUCAUGGUCCGCUCCAGACCCGACCCGACCCGCCCGACCACCGUCUUCGACUCGUCCGAGAACAACUGGAAGCAGAUCAAGACCCAGCUUUUCUCCAAACCCGGCGCGGAUUACAUCCCAGUCGCCUCCUCCGGCGGCUUCAUCUGCUUCCACCGCGCCGGCGAAUUCGUCGUCUCCAACCCCGUCACCUCUUCCUCCCGCCGGAUCCCCGCCCCACAAACUCCCAUCCUCGCCGUCGCCUUAUCCUCCACCGCCGGAAAAUUCAGAAUCUUGUUGAUCUCCGGCGAGCUCCCGCAUCUCGCGUUCAGCCAGUACCACUCCGCCACCGGCGAGUGGGGGGAAAGCAUCCCCCUGACAAGAAAAUCGGACGGCACCGGAGAAUAUUCUCCGGCGACAUUAGCUGACGAUGAGUGCACGAACUAUUUCCUGUCCAAAAGUGGCGACAUCGUCUCGGCAGACAUAGAGAGAAGCCCGUCCAAGCAAUUCUCGUCCAUCCUCACAGUUCAAAACGGAGGCGAGAUUUUGUAUUUUCUGAGUUCCUCCGGAACAAUAGUCUCCUGCAACCUCAGCCGGAGAAUUUUCUCAGAGUACCCAAGAAUUCUGCCGGUCUUGUCCGAGUACUCGAUCGACUUAAUCGAGUCGGGAGGCGAAAUGCGAGUUGUCCUGCUUUCUGAAAUUUUCGAGACCUCCAGCCUCCGCGUGUGGGCGUGGGACUGCGAAAUCGAGACUUGGCGGCAGGUGGCGGCCAUGCCGCCACAUAUGUCACACGGGUUGUUCGGGAAGAAGGCUGAUGUCAACUGCACGGGGUCCGGUGGGGGAAUGCUCGUGUGCGUGAGUUCGGAAGAGGCGUGUAGCAAUUUCAUGUGCAAUUUGGAGGCGAAUGAGUGGGUUGAGCUGGACAAUGGGGCAGCGGACGAGUUCGUGAACGCGUUCUCGUUCGAGCCCAGGAUUGAAGCUUGUGUCGCAGCUGUCUACUGCUCACCGCCGGUCAUUCGUGCGCCGCCGUCUAUUUCACACCAUCCAACCGCCGCCGCCGUCACGUUUCGCCAUCCGACCACAGCCGCCGUCUCGUUCUGCCAUUUGAACGCCGCCUGUUCCCGCAUUUCGGUCACCGCCGUCCUGAAGGAAAAUCCACCCAGCCCUCUCGCUCCGACCGACGACCUCCGCCCGCCGUCCUCCGCCCUCCGUCCUCCGCCCGUAGACCGUCUGUCCACGGCCGCGCCACCACCCACCGCCUCCUACCACCACGACACGGCGCGACGUCGUAGAGGAUGCAGCGGCGAAUAUGAAUUGUGGACGACACGCCGGCCUCUCCAUUGGAGCCUCCUUCUCGCGUUCGUUCGAUUGCCGGGAAGAGAAUCGCCGCGGCGGUCUGGUAAGGCUUCGAUGACUGUGUCGCCGUUAUCUUCUGGCUGCGAUCGGCGGCGACUGACAGAGCUUGCAGAAACCGGCGUCGGCGUGAGCAGAUGGGUCCAUCGGGGUAUGGUCGCGUCGGCGGUGACGGUGGCAGUGGGCGGAGGAGAUGGUCGCUUCGGCGGGGACGGUGGCGGUGGGCGGGUGAACAAAGUUGAAAGUGUGUUUGCACUUUGGAAUGUGUGUGAGUGA